GCAGAUUCACAGCGGUUUAUCAGAGCGGAGACGAACACACAAAACACGCUGAGAUUUCCUUUUUGUUUUAUUUGUUGUUAGUGAAAUUUUGAGUUUAAGCCACAAGAACUUCAAUUAAGCUUAUACCUCAUGUUAACCAGCAGAAGUUAGUCUAUGUUGGGGGAGUUGUUCACAACAUUUGUGGCCGGAGCAGAGACUUUAAAUCCGCGACUUCGACGAGAUUUUAGGAGAAAACCACACAUUUCGUCGCUGCCGUCCACUCACUGGAGCCUCCUCCUCACUGACUGUGUUCAUGUUGUCACCAUAAAUAACUUUAACUUCUACCCAUUGACUCGACCGGUUUCCCAGCAGGUGACGCCGUGAGGACGCCUUCGAUGGAGACGCUCUGAAGACGACGCUGUCGUAAAAAGUCGUACUGAUGUUUUCACUCAGGCAGGAAAACAUCUCCACCUCCAACAAAGGAACCGUCAAAUAUGGAGAGCUCCUGGUGCUGGGGUGUAACGGUUCUCUGCCGGGCGGCGACAAAGGAAGACGGAAAAGUCGCUUUGCUCUGUGUCGCAGAAACAAAGCCAACGGGGUGAAACCGAGCACUGUCCACACGACCUGCACGCCACAGGCUGCCCAGGCCGUCAGCAACAAGGUGCAGCACAGCAUCUCUUACACUCAGUCCAGGACUCAGACGGUGGUGGUGGAGUACACUCACGACAGCGACACCGACAUGUUCCAGGUUGGACGCUCGGGGGAGAAUCCCAUCGACUUCGUGGUCACCGACGUUGUUCCCGGUGCUUAUGGCCAGAACACAGAGAGCUCGGCCGCUCAGAGCACGAUUUCCCGUUUCGCCUGUCGCAUCAUCUGCCAGAGGAACCCGCCGUACUCGGCUCGGAUCUACGCCGCAGGCUUCGACUCCCACAAGAACAUCAUCCUCGGGGAGAGGGCGGCCAAGUGGAGGAUGGAGGACGGCCAGAUGGACGGACUGACCACCAACGGCGUUCUGGUGAUGCACCCGCGCCGCGGAUUCAGCCGCGACUCGGGACCCGGCCUGUGGAGGGAAAUCUCCGUGUGCGGCAACGUGUUCACGCUGCGUGAGACGAGAUCGGCUCAGCAGAGGGGCAAGACGGUGUCCUCGGAGUCCAACGAGCUGGUGGACGGCUCGCUCAUCGACCUGUGCGGUGCCACCCUGCUGUGGCGGACAGCUGAGGGCCUGGUGCACACUCCCACCGUCAAACACCUGGAGGCGCUGCGGCAGGAGCUGAACGCCGGGCGUCCGCAGUGCCCCGUGGGCUUCAACACGCUGGCCUUCCCCAGCCUGAGCCGCAAAGACGUGCCGGACGAGAAGCAGCCGUGGGCGUACCUGCGCUGCGGCCACGUGCACGGCUACCACAGCUGGGGCGGGCGCCGCGACCCCGAGGUGGAGGCGGAGUGUCAGGAGAGAGAGUGCCCCAUGUGCCGGACGCGGGGCCCCUACAAGCCGCUGUGGCUGGGCUGCGAGGCGGGCUUCUACGUGGACGCAGAGUCCCCCACCCACGCCUUCGUCCCCUGCGGCCACGUCUGCUCGGAGAAGACGGCGGCGUACUGGAGUCAGAUCCCGCUGCCACACGGCACGCACGCCUUCCACGCCGCCUGCCCGUUCUGUGUGCAGCCGCUGAGCGGAGACGUCGGCUGCGUCAGACUCAUCUUCCAAAGCCCGCUGGACUAGAGACGCUCGGACGUCUGCAACUUCCUUAACUUAAUAUGUUUUAGUUUUUUUUAUAUAUUUAUGACUGUACGCUAUGUUGACUUUAUUAUUUAUUCCAGUACCUCUUCAGUCAGGUCUUUUUAUUGUCUUGUAAAUGAGAAUUUAACAGCAGCCAGUUUGUCCCUUCAGCUGAUUAUCUAUUAAUUCAGGGAAUCUGUGUCUGACUGUUAAAUUCCGAUUUCCGACUCCUACCGGAACGCGCAGCAAUGCCUGGGCUCUGUGGUGAAAAUACCAACUCGUACUCCCCGAACUGAGCUAAUCCCAGAUCAUAACACUGCCCACUACUGGCUAAAUUAUUAUGUAUGAGUAUGUGACCUUUUUUUGGGGGCCGGGCAGUGUAUGUUACCUUCAAAUAAGACUGUUGAACUUGCAAUGCUGUUGCUAGGCAAUAGGGAGAUGAAAGGCAAAGACACGACCAGAUGCUAAAUUCUCGUUGCUCGCGCCAGUUACUCGAGUUGAAAUAUUUGAAAGUAAGUGGAAAUAUCGUGAAAGCUAAUCAGCAUUUAGAGUCUUCCGAUGGAUCAGAAAUGCAGGACAGAAGAAAUGGAGAUGUCUCUGCCUUUUUUUGCAAUAACGUAACGUAACACAUCUGGGUAAACAUGAUAAACACGACAUCAUUUGAAGUGUUCAUUUUGAAAUGGCCGACAUGGUUCCACUUCCUGCCACUGCAGAAACGAACCCUGGCAACUGAGGCCACACCCCCCACACAGUCUGCUGACCAAUCUGGAAUCGGUCAUAGCUGUUAGUCAUUAUGUCUAAACUAACUAUGUUAACACAAACUGAUUAGAAACAACAAUAUCAGAGUGAUGUAUAUCCCAUUGGCUGAUAUGGAGGGGCCGGGCAGGGGGCGGGGGCAAUCCAUAUGAUUUGCUUCACUUUUGGCAGGUGUCACGAUGUCAUCAAUCUUAAAUCUAUGCCCUAAUUCUGCUGCCUCUUUGAUGACUAAAUGUUUUUAAUUUAAAACAAACUUCACAUUGUAAAAAAACAAACCAAAAAAAACGCUUAGGUGCUGCUGUCAUGUGACUUGAAACGUCGACAAUGACUGUAAUUUAUUUAAUAAAAUAAAACGCACACUGGAAACACAAGUGAUUACAAACAGCCUACUCAAAAAAAAAAGCAAAGUUUUUUCUCAUAGGAAUGCAUUAAGGGUCCAAAAAAGUAAUGUUUUGAUACUUAUGACUUUUAUACAAUUGCAGUUUAGGUUUUGUGUUGUUGUUUUUUUAAAUUAACCUUUUCUGAUUUUAUAAUGAGUGUGUAUUGCGCCCCGUUAGACUCUAACUGAAGGUCCAUGUAUACAAAAUAAUGACAAAAAUCACAAAACAAACUCUCCCUGCUUACAAAUCUCAACCUACACAGACAUUUUUAUAUAAAAGCAUUGCUGUGGUUGUUGUUUAA